UGCAGGUUAGACCGAAGAGCUAAAUGGGGCUUGGAAGUGAAUGGUAGAAGAGACAUGGGAUGUUGAUAGUUUGAGUAUGUAUUGCAACCGUGGCAUUGUUGUCAUGGUCAGCUAGCAUCAAAAGUUUCAAGGCUUCCCUUCACAAAAUUUCCUAUGAUUUUAAAGAAGAAUGAUGCUGGUGACCAUUUUCCAUUAUAUGCCAUCUGCUUGGGUUUCGAACUUCUAACAAUGAUCAUCAGCAAGAACAAGAAAAUUCUGGAGUCAUUCAGUGCUGCAGAUAUGGCUUCAACUUUACAAUUUACCGAGACAAAUAUUGAGGGAACUGUGUUUCAAAGAUUUCCGCCUGAUUUGCUUAGAAAGUUGAGUACAGAUUGUAUUGUCAUGCAAAACCACCAUUAUGGUAUCUCACCAGAGACGUUGGAAGAGAGCCAAGAUCUAUCAAGUUUUUUUAAGAUCUUGACAACCAGUACUGAUAAAGAUGAUAAGGUCUAUGUCUCCACAGUACAUGCAUACCACUAUCCUGUGACUGCCUUCCAAUGGCAUCCGGAGAAAACUGCUUUUGAAUGGGGGUUACCGAUGAUUCCACACUCAGAAGAUGCCAUUCACGUGACUCAGCACAUCGCAAACUUUUUGAUCAGCGAGGCAAGGAAGUCAUUAAACAGGCCACCUAUUCAGGAUGUCCUCGACAAUCUCAUCUACAAUUACAGUCCAACAUUUUGUGGGAAGGCAGGGAAGGGAUACGAUGAAGUUUACAUCUUUAAACAACCUUCACUCGCACAUUUGUAAAUCGAAGUGUACGUGCAAAUUUGUAAUAAUGGACAAGUGAAAAUAUGUAAUGAGCAUU